CAUACCUGCUGACCUGGCCUGUCAUUACUCCACUUCCAAUUAACGAUCAAAACUUGACGCCCACGACUUUGAGUCGGUCGACCGGUCGCUAUAUAUUUCCAAUAGACGAUCAAAGCUUCACGAUUCAAAACUUUGCCUUCUAAUCUUCAAAGUUCCAAAAAAUCCUUCCAGCAAAUAUCUAAGCCGAUGGAUAUGGGCGGGAAGAAUGAGGGGGAGAAGAAGGCCAACGGCAAAGUCACCGCCGUUUUCAAGAUGGACUUCCACUGCGAGGGCUGCGCCAAGAAAGUCGAGAAAGCCGCUCGCAGUCUCGAGGGUUUUGAAGAAGUGAAGGCAGAUUGUGUGGCAAAACAAUUGACGGUAACGGGGAAAAAGGAUCCAGCGGUGAUGAAGGAGAUGCUGGAGGAGAAGACCAAGAAGAGGGUGGAGCUCGUCUCUCCACAGCCGAGGAAAGACGACCGUGCGGAUAAGAAGCCGCAGGAGAAGUCGGAGACGGAAGAAGAAUAUGAGAAGCCCAAAGAGAGUACGGCAGUUCUGAAGAUCGGACUGCACUGUAGCGGUUGCGUCAAUGAACUAAAGAAGAUCGUGGGGAAGUUCAACGGAGUUGAGGAGGUGGAUGUAGCGGACGGCAAGGAUCUGGUGGCGGUGAAGGGCACCAUGGACGUGAAGGAGCUGGCUGCCUACCUCAAAGAGAAGCUGAAGAGAAGCGUCGAUAUCGUUUCGCCCAAGAAUCACGAAGGCGGAGAUGAGAAAGCAAAUAUAUCCGAUGGCUAUAAGAAAGAUCAGAAAGAUGAUGAUCAGUUAUGCUUGAUGGAAGCUUUGGCAUUACUCUGGUUGCGGAAGGUGGGGUUGUACUAGCUCAUGUUACAAGUUUUGUAUUGUAUGGAUGUUUGAAAAACGAUGGUACUUUACGAAACCUUUGUUUGUGUUUUUGAAAAGAUCAAAGUUCUAAGGA